AUGUACGUCAUCAUUUCCAUUGGUACUAGUUUGCCUGUCAAUCAGACGAAUCACACGUGGCCAUGCCAAAGAGAUCAAAAUGUUCGUCGUGAACUGUCAGAAGCCCAACAUAAGUCUCUCGAACUAUCAGACAUAAUCACUGAUCUCGGCAAAAACAUGGUACGCGUUAACAGCUUUAUUAUCUCUAUUAGUCCUGUAAUGUUGUAGCUAUUGACCUUUAUUUGUAUUUUAACAAUCUACUGAAUCAAUCUCCUCUGCUUUUACAGUCUUCGAGAUGGCCAAUGAACCCCUAUAAAGCCAGCAACACCCAUUUCUUUGGUCCACCUCGGAAAACUGUCGUAAAGGUAUCUAUGCCCAUCUAUCAAGAUUUUCAAUUCUAGUUUUAUGCUUUAAUUAAGAGAUAACUCAAUUUAAUGGAAAACAUUCAGUUUAAAUGCAAUACUGAGUAAAUCGGAUAAUUUACUCUAUCAACAUGUAGUUGCAUUGUAUUAGGAACGGAAAUUCCUUUUUUUAAAGUUCUUCUCAAUUCUACAAAAAGCAAAAAGUAAUUAUUGGGCAAUUUUAUGGAUAUAGAGGUUUUCAGGUUAAAAGUAACAUAGACCUUUCCCAGUGUGACAUUUAUUAGCCUUUCAUCAUCCCAUAGUGAUUACUUUGUUCAGUCGCCCAAAAUAAACUAUUUAUCCUUUUCUCUUCAGCCGCAGCAAGUGCUUGACGAAAACAUUCGUGUAGUCAAAGCCUUCAUCUCACUAAUGAGGAAUUCCACAAAACAGCUUAGCCAUCUGAAACUUGGUGAGAAGUUGAUGAUGCGGGAGGGAAUGAACCGAAUAAAACGUCUGGCGUACGCAUUGGUGCAGCGACGUUUACCAAGGAUUUUGAUCGAAAUGAAGGUAAGGGUUAAAAACCCAUAGAAAUGGAGGAAUGAUGGGACUAUUCGAAAUUAAGAGAUCCUCGCAGCUAAGAACAGUACUGAACUAGUUAGCUCAGUUGGUAGAGCGCUGCACCGGUAUCGCAGAGGUUAUGGGUUCAAAUCCCGUACGGGCCUGAAUUUUUUUUUCAGGUCCUAUUUUCGACUACUAGUUCAGUAGUGUUCUUAGCUGCGAGGAUCUCUUAAUUUCGUUUCUUCACCGCAGUGCAAAUAUAUGAAUGUCAUAUAUCUAAAAUCAUCAAUGGCACUAUUGUUUGUCUUUUAAUCAGCAAUUGAGUGAUAAAACAAGUAUUGAAUUUGAUUAUGAUAAAGUAUUGCGAUUUUGUCGAUGUUUUGUUGAGAAAUUGAUAUACUCCCUAAGUCUUCAGCUUCUGAAACGUGAUUUCACCCUUUUUUAAAAUUCAGCAGGGCUCAAGAGGGAAAAGAACUAGUGGAUUACGAAGAGGCCGGCAGAUGAACAAUACAGACAUCAAACCACAGACACCACUUGCUUUAACCAAACCUUCAAGUAUCACAUCGAUCCAUGGCUCCACAACUGUUCAGGAUUUUGUUUUCCGAACACAAAUCAUUCUGACCGAUUUCAGUACGAAUGUUCUCGAUUUGGUGAGUGAUUUACGGAAUAUUGCAAAACAAAGCUGCUAUUGA